AUUUUUUUUUGAUCCAGAGUAGACAUGACGAUACCAGCUGUGUACAUGCCAAGGUCAAUAUUAAUCAGGGUCACUCAUGGAAACGACCCAAGGGUCAACCAACUUCACGUGCAUCUACUCACGUAGCUGUCGAUAAGUUCUUGCGACCCAAGGUCAUUUAACAGCGCCAGCUUGAAAUUUGGAUAGUCUCCCCUCUUAGGCUUGUCCUCGCGCAGUGUUCACAGUAUCAUGCCUGUCCAGCCAGGAGAACAUGUUUCAUCUAGCACUACUCGACGCCCUGUCGGGCUUCAGUGCAGUAUAUCACAGGAUGGCACGCGCCGCAGACCUGCUGCAGCUGCCAAACCACUCCCCCCCUCUCAACUCAACACCAUUCCGCAACAGGCCGAAUCACAGAUAAUUCGUGAUGGCCCUUGGCCUGCCGCUGCCAAGCUGAGCCGCGUAUUUUCUAUCCCUCGGUUGGGUACGAAUACCAACAAGUCCAGGGAAUUUAUUCCAGUGAUCCCUGCUCAAUGCGAUGGCAUUGUUACCAGUCGCAGGAAACGAUUGGUUCGACAUCCCUCGCGACGUUUAUCAUCAAUGUCAGCUUCCGCUCAGACAUCCUCCUCGCAGCAUGCCACCCUCUUCACUGGUGCACUGUCUCGACCGCCUUCGAUGUGCGUUACAGACAUAGCACUAAAGAGGCCCACAUCCGCAAUCUCUGUUGGAGAUGAAACGGACGAGGAAAGCGAUGAUCCAGCUGCACAUUAUCAGAAAAUAAGGCAGCUGCAAAUAGCCAGGUUGGCUAAGCUGACUCGUCACUUGGGCGAGGAGAUUCCGCCGGAGUUGGUUCUAUCCACUCUUCCGACAGAUAUAGCCGAGUACAGGAGUCUGGCAGGAAGCCUUUUAGUAAAUCCAAGGAAGGACCACCAGAGACGGCGGAUUUUGGACGCCACAGCAGACUCUCAAUCAGCACCAGUACUUCCGAGUUCGUGCAAGCUAAGGAGGAGUAGGUCACUGUGUGGUACAGAAGGCCUUUUGCAACUACAAACCCACUGCGAGCAUGCCGUCAAUGUCGUAGAUGGGAAGCUCCAGUAUGCUUUGCACCAUCCACGGACAGAGGCAGAUUUCCUUAAACAUUCUCAACCCUGUAUCGCGGCCUCUCUAUACGGGCCUGAUGAUGUUGAUCAUUCGCUGAUGUCAACUCCAAAGGCUACCUAUGGUCCUCGGAAUCCCUCACAUCCUCCACCUCCUACAUUGUUGCUUACCUCAAAAUCUAAAAGAUCGCAAUUUCACGGGAACCCGGUCACGGCCGAGUUGGCCCUUGACAAUAUCUCGAAUAUGGAGCAAAGAAAAGAAAAACUAGACAGGUUUCUUGGCGUCGACAUCAACCCCGAGCCAAUAUCUCUGAUAAAUGGGUCACUAUACCCAACCGGCGUAGCAGGUUGACAUCCGUCCCUCCUUAGCACAGACCCCCCCAUACUCUGAGCUCGAAGUCGAAGUGCAAAUCAGCAAAAGGACUCGCUUCUGGAGGAUGAAAGUCGGGAAGGAUGCGGUGCAGAGCGUUAAUUCUGACGAUGUUGCGAAGCAGCUGAGGGAGAUGAAAGCUUCUACGUGACAACAACCCUUGACGUGGAGCCCUUAAAAUUGCCAAUAGUUUGCGCUUUCUAGUUUACAAUAUUCGCCUGCAAUCACGCAUUAUUCCUUGGAUUGUGGGAUGACUUAUAUAAUAAUUUCAUGCGGCC